AUGGAUUUACAAACGGCGAACAAGCCCACAACCACGACCAGCACGCCCGCCUCGAGUCCCGGGCUCUUCUCUCCCACUGCCAAUCCUCUUCGUAUGCCAUUACCUGCGCUCCUAGAUGGCACUCCACAGUCCAGUCCCUAUUUGCACCCGUUGCAGAUGCAUAAAGUUCGAGAAACCCACAAAGCCCAGAUCGAACAAGACUUCAUCACCGGCAGAAAGCUGAUAAACCAAUACGAAGUAAUCGAAGAGAUUGGGAGGGGUGUUCACGGCAAGGUCAAGUUGGCACGGAGCCUGGAUACCGGGGAUUAUGUCGCUAUCAAGAUUAUACAACGCUUCUCCAAAAAGAGAAGGCUAGGAAGAGUCACUGUUUCACCCGAAGACAAGACAAAAAGAGAGAUUGCUAUUCUCAAAAAGAUCCGGCAUGCAAAUGUCGUCGGUCUGUUGGAAAUCAUCGAUGAUCCGGAGUUGAAGAAGAUAUACAUGGUGUUGGAACAUGUCGAGCUUGGAGAGAUCACAUGGCGCAAGAAGGGCGUCCCUCGCAUUUGCUUCUACGAGAGACGGCGUAUCGAGAAGGAACAAAGGGGCGAGAAGGAUACAGGAGACGAGGAGAAGCAUUACAAGAUGCUUGAGAGGAGGCGGCAGCGCAAGGAAUCACAACGAGCCAAGCUCAUCCAACACCACGGCCAAGUACCCACCGACUACUGGAGUCUGGAACAUGGAACGGACGACGAGGAUGCUGAUAUUCCCCUGUCGAGGCAGACGACAUAUGAUUCAACGCUAAAUCUCUCUCGUUCGUAUCAAUCUGCCACACUGUCAAAUCCAGGGUCCCGCGUUGCGUCGAAUACACCAUCUCGAACCCCUUCCAGAGCACCUUCUCGUGCAAGUUCCCGUUCUCACACUCCACUCCCGGAAUAUGAUAUUGGUCCGAUCGAUAGCGACAACGAAGAUGAAACGCCUGGGCCUUUGCCGCACAUAUCGAACCCUCUUGAAGGAUCGUACUAUGGAUCAUACCCAGACGAGCCGCCAUAUCGAGGGAGAUCGCCAAGUAUGGCGGAUAGUAUCAUUUCUCACAUGUCUUCCCUUGACGACAUUCCACAUGAUGCUUUCGAGGAGGAUUACUCAUACGUUCCUUGUUUUACCCUGGACCAAGCUCGAUCGACCUUUCGAGAUACAGUUUUAGGACUAGAAUACCUGCACUACGAAGGUGUUGUUCACAGAGACAUCAAACCCUCGAAUCUGUUGUGGACAAAGGACCAUAGGGUGAAGAUCUCCGACUUUGGUGUCUCUUAUUUCGGCCGACCCAUCCGAGAAGGAGAGACGGAAGAGAAUGUCUCCGAAGCUGAUGCUACCGACUUUGACGACGAUCUUGAGUUGGCCAAGACUGUUGGUACACCCGCUUUCUUCGCACCAGAAUUGUGCUACACUGAUAUCGAAGGCGAACAACCCAAGGUCACGGAACAGAUUGAUGUGUGGUCACUGGGUGUUACGCUCUAUUGUUUGAUCUUUGCUCGCAUCCCGUUCCUUGCCGAUGAUGAGUGGCAAUUGUUCAAAAGCAUCGCAAAAGACGAUGUAUACAUCCCCAAAAGACGUUUAAAAGCUGUCAAUCCCGCCAUCUCGUCGUCGCAAACAAACCUGCACAGUCUCAGCAAACGUACGGGUCCAUCGACCGGCCCCUACAGAGAAGAUGCCGAACUCGCGUACGAGGAUAUCGAUGAUGAGCUACAUGAUUUGAUCCGAAGGAUGCUCAUCAAAGACCCAUCGGAGAGAAUGAAAUUGAGAGAAGUCAAACGUCAUCCAUGGGUAAUUAAAGAUAUUGAUAACAUUAUCGGAUGGCUUGACGAUUCAGAUCCAUCAAGGAGGACGGCUGGUAAGAGGAUCCAAGUCGACACUCAAGAAUUGGAACGAGCCGUCGUUCCAAUCACAUUCCUCGAGCGUGCUCGAUCAGCUCUCAAAAAGACCGUCAACAAGGUGAUCGGUGUUGCCAGAAGCGAAACGAGAGGCGAGGGUUCUCGAAAACGGGCUAUCAGCAGUGCCACAAGUUCAGGAACAGACAACUUUCAGUUUUCAAACACUCCUGUCCUGCGCGAGGCUCGACGAUCUAGCCUUAGGGGCGACGAAUCUUACUUUUCUACUGCCACUGCCAACGACCCACAAGGACAUCGUGAGCCAUAUGAGCAUCCUCUUGCGCAGAGCCUCACCGCUAGUCCCGACCUAGUAACUAACUCGGAUGACCCCUUUUCGGACGGCUUUGCUCAACAGCAAUCCUAUUCGGUAGGAGCUACUCCCAAACGGGUUCCCUCGGGGGGACCUACAGAUUUUGAUAUUAGACCAGGGCCGCCAGAGCGAAUUGUAUCAACGUCAGCAUCUAUUCAAACGGUCAUACAGAGAGGACAUUCGCACUCGCGAUCAGUGACCCACACACCAAAGCCUAGUAUGGUAAACGACGAUGUUGCCAUGGCCACUGGACCUUUCACGGACCAUUUUGGGGGUACCUUUAACAGAACGUGGAGCAGAGGUCGAGCUUCUAUGUCUGAGAUUGAGGAAGGCACCACUUCACGUGCUCGAUCAGUCGACCGGAGUUUAUUUGAGUCUGAGAACAAGCAUGCGGAGGCUAGCGUGGCUGUGAGUAAUGCUCAUGCGCCUGGUCGGUUUGAGCACUCCACCACGGUCUGCCAACCCCCAUCUCGGUCCGCAGACGUCAGUCCCACCAAUAUAGAACAUGACAAGCCGCUGCCGUCGCCGAUGUUCUUCCAACCUUAUAUGGUCCAUCAACACCAGAUUCAAUUGCAGUCGGCAUCAACUCCAAAUUUCCCCCACUCUGUCUACGCUGCUUCAAAUCUCGAUGAGCGACCUUCAACGGCAAAUAAGACCCCCGAAGGCAAGACACCAGUCCCUCGAACCUUCCCAAGCACACCGGAGUCCUUCAAACGAGACACAAACGAGAGACGUCGUCAAUCUCCAGACGACGACUUUAUGCAAAAGCAGGAAGAAGAGGCGAAGCGCGCUCAAUCUUAUAGCUCGGUCAACUCCACUGGCAUGGCAUCUGCUUCUUCGCCUUCUGGUGCUACGUCGCCCAUCUCGUCGGUGAACCUUGGCUCGCGGGAUAAAAUCUUCCCAAGCGUGCCCUCAUUACCAGCGCUCAUAUCUGGCGCUUCUUCUGUGUCUGCGGAUGCGGAGGAGGAUUUCCUCACCCAUCCUGGUUUCGCUACCGUUUCCGUGAACUCGACUCCUGAAACGCUCACACCGCCUGAGUUAUCUAAACAUUCCACUACAGAAGAAGUGUCGCCUACCGAUGACGCUAUUGUAUUAAGUCCGGAUAUUGAUGAUGAGGGUUAUAAUGGCGAUGGUGAUCCGGCCGAGGAGAGUGAUGAGGAUAGUGAUGAGGGCCUCACGAUGAUUCGACGGAAACCGAAAAAGGUUAUCCAGGAGGGCAUGGGUAUUGUGAGAAGGGACACGAAUGCUAGUGUGGGGAGUACGGAGACGGCGAAGAAGGUUGACAUUGAUGCUUAG